AUGGCAGCUGCCUCGUGGCGUGGGACAGCUGGAUGUGCCGCGGUGCCGGCACUCAACGCAACUCGGGGCGCGACGCUCGCAACAGCGACGAGCAGCCCAAAAGUGAGCCUCAUCCUCCGCCCCCUCAUCUGCCACGACUUACACGCAUCCCACGAGAUGCUCAGACUCCCUUCAGCUCGUGCCUGCGUCGCCUCACGAACAUGCACGCUGCAUCCCCGACGGGCAACGGCAGCUCGCUCAUUCGCCGCGGCGGCACUGCCUGACGCACACACACAGUCGAUCGCGGGCACAGUCGCACACCACCGCUCCUACAUCCUGCUGCACACGCGCGUCCCGCCGCCCGCAUUCCCCGCCCGCGUGCCCUCGCCGCUCCAACGCCAGCUCCAGCUGCGCGCCGCGCGCUGGGGCGGGCUCGUCAACUUUGCCUGGCUGCCCCCCGAUGAGGCUGCGGAAGCAGCAGCAGCAGCAGCGGCAGGGGCCGUGCACAGUCCAGAGUGGGAACCCAAUGAGGAGGAGGAGGAGGAGGAGGAGGAAGCGUACCGCGUCUCCGCGUACGCGCAGGACCGCGGUCGGAUCGAUAUCCCGCGCGUGUCGAUGGCGAACGUCGACGAGGUCGCUGCGGCGCUGCAGAGGCAU